AUGGCAACUGGGAGGUUUCCUCCGUGGUUUCUGCCGCAGGAUGGUGUGGAGGAAGACGGGCACAUGCAUGUAGUGUACGCGCUGGAUAUCAGCCGUAACGUGCUGAAGGCAGCACUUGCCAGCAUGGUUAGUCUCAGUCGUCAUUUUUCGGAGCCGAGUUCUCUCACAAUUCACGUGAUUGGGGAUACCGUUGAUGUUCUCGAGCAGGAGCUGGUGACGUGCUUCUUCAAAGUCAUGGGCAAUCAGGCAACACCUCAUGUGCAGCUGCACGAGAUUCAUACUGUGCCGGAUGUGAUGCUGAAGUAUGCACGUAGAACGCUGCGACCACAAGACGAUGCCAACACGGAUGCUUUCAUGAGGAGUGCCAGCUUGCAGAUGACCCGUUUCUACUUGCACCAGUAUUUGCCACCCUCAGCCUCUCGAGCACUGUGGCUCGAUGCUGAUACUCUCGUGAUGACCGACAUCAUGCCCCUUUACCAGUUCAACAUGGUACAUGCUGUUGCUGCAGUGCCCGAUGGGGCAGGCCUUGAUGAUGAAACCCUUUUUCUACAACAAGUAUCCACCAACUUCUCAGAGGCCCAAAGCUUCAUUCCAGCACCGGGGGCUCAUCACUUCAAAACAUCUGUGAUGUUGGUGGACAUCCAUCGGUGGAGGCAGAGGCAGCUGCAUUUGGAUCUCGAGGAACUUGCGGGCCUUGUUCACGAACACAGCACCGUGGACCAGAUGCUGCUGAACUUAGGGUUGCACUCUCAGUUCGAUGAGCUGAACGGCCGUUGGAUGCUGGGCUGCCGUCAAAGAAAGCAGCAGUUCAGAGAGAAGCAUGUGUGGAUUCUGUUUCCAAGCUUCGCGGCUCGAAUAAGUACCGGCUACCUCAUUCCUUGA